AUGGCCGUUGCAGUUUCUGGUCGUCCAGGAUGUGUGCUCCAACGCACUUUAUCUUGGACGAACACAAGUCGAUCUCAUUCUGAAAGUGCCAAAACAUGCAGGGAGCCGCUCUUCUUGUUAUCUAUAGACCGCUAUGGGAAAGACUUGGGGUUUGGAAUAUUUUUUCCAGAAGCUAUUCACACAUCAGACAGCCUUUACGAUGCCACAGUGAGCGAUGGCGACUGUAAACUGCGGGUUACCAUUCACCCGGGCUUGAACCCGUUAGUCGAUAAGAACGAACUUCGGUGCGGUUGCCAGCUCAGAAAUGUCACUUUCUCUCGCGUCAUUGGUCUGGACGGAAGAAACGAGGGAGACGGAUGUCCUACCUAUCGGGUGAUGAAUUUGGAGGUGGAUUUGGAUGCCGGUUUUGAUGCAGGUCUCGAGGCAUUCUGUGGAAUUGACAUAGAUGCUCUUCCGUGGUUUGGUUUGGAGGGAGACAGCCGACCCAGUCUCCUUCCGUUGCGGGCCAGGAGAAGCUCGUACCUUCCUAUGUGGAAUAACCAUGAUUAUUACGGUGACAUGUGGAAAUACACUGCCCCAAUACAGCCCGUAGCCAAUCCAGCAUCAGACUCUGGCGAAGACACAGAAGACCUGCAACCUACUGUCACCCUACGAGAGGUCAGGCAGGCGUUCCUGUGUAGAUCUCGGGUCGUCAAGGGGAUUCUCAUCGUCAGAAUUAUUCACAAGUCUCGGCUGUUCUAUUACGGAAAGGCAGAGCGCAACUGCGAGUGUCCCUACAAGGCAAUGUUUGAGGUGGCAGACAGAUCGGGUCAAGCCACCGUGGUUCUGUGGAACACCCUUUGUAUGGACUGGUAUCGCUGUGUGCACCCGGGGUCCACCCUGAGACUGGCCCGCUACAGAGUGAAGGAGAGCUACAACAGCAGGACAGGAGAGAGGCCGAAGGAUGAUAUUGAGAUCAGCCUGAACUCCAGGAAUCCUUCGGCUGACAUCUCCUUAAUCCCAAAGUCAGAUGUCCUCCCACAGUGGCAUCUGCCUCACACCCCGUACACCUUCUCCUGUGCGAAGGAGAUUUUGACCUGUCCUGUGGGGAGUACCUGUGAUGUCAUUGGUCUAGUGGUAUUUGUUGGUCGACCAGAACGCACCAGGAACAAGGACAGCCAAGGGGUGGAAUUAUGGGAAUACCGGUGGCUGCAAUUGGAGGAUGGGACCACCGAACAGCCAGUCAUGGUGAAACUUUUCUCCACUUCCCAGCCAGAGAUGCACUCUAACAUACAUCCAAUGACAAUACUGGUAUGCACAAAUGUCCAGUUGAUGAGGGUCAGUCCUGACAGGGCCACAUCCUUCCAGUACCUGACCAAUACAAGCCUCACACAGGUUUACAGCACAGGUUCAGGCCAUCAUUCAACUAUGCCCUACAGACGGCUCCGCCCCGUGAGGCAGUUCGUCCAGUGGGUGCAGACGGUAGAUGAGAACCAACUGCUUAGCAGGGCUGUAAUUGGAGGAUUUUUCACCUAUCCACCUCUCCCUGUCUCUCUGGAGAAAUACAUGAGGGACAGAAAUGGAGAGCCAGGCUUGGUGACUGGGGCGGAGCUGAGGAGAGAGGUCGAGAAGCUGCAGUACAGAGAGAGCCGCACUUUCGCCAUCCAGGCCACCGUCAGUGCCGUGUCGCAUGUCGGGUCUGGAGAGUGUGAGGAGGAGGGCUGCUCGGCUCUCUCUAACUGGACAGGCCAGCUGUCUUCCACCUCUUCUACUUGCUCCCGAGUGCCGCUCACCCAUCCAUCGUCACCCUCCUCUGUCACUCUCAGCCCCAGGUCUCCCAGGCUCAGAGCACGGCAGGGGCCGUUCGGCUGUGGCCAAUCUGCAAAGAGAAGACUGUUUCACACUGCAGAACCCCCCAGAAAAAGACUAGCCUUGCCUCUCCACUCCAACCAGCAGACUGACCUGGAGGAGGAUGCAGACAGAGAUUUCAGUCUGUGGGAUGCCUCGAUGGAGUUCCUGAAUAAGACUGAAGAGGCUGACAGCGAUGAGGGUGAGGAUGAGGAAGAGGACAGCGGCUCGGCCUCGUCGUUCGUCACUGCGGCCAGCAGCCCCGGAUCACCCCGGCAGUGCGCUCUGGGCCAGGCGCGGGCGGCCAGCGAGACCGUGCCGCGGCGGUUCUGCCCGACUCGCCGCCUGGUGCAGACCGCAGCUGUGGGCCUCCAGCCAGCAUGCCUCCAGGAGGCCCUGCCCCAGAGGAAGCUGGACACCUUCGCCCCUGCGGACUGCUACCACGGACACUACACCCUCACUCUCAGGGCCCUCACCGACGGUGGCAUGGUAGACGCUCUCUUUCUCCCCGGCUCCCCUGGGAACCUCCACUGGCGCCCCUACCCCCACCCGCACAACAACAGCUGGGAGAACACCCUGACCCAUGGGAGCUUCUCUCCCUCCGCACCCCCUCCCUCGCCCUCUGAUCUGAUUGCCAUGGCGACGCAGCUGACCAGUCAGAGGCUGGUGUGUGUUCUGGAGGUGUGUCAGUUGGGCAGCGGCAGAGUGGAGGUUGUGCUGAGCCGGGCUUUUCCUCUGAAAGACUGAGCUCAUGUGCCCCGGGAACCCAGACAAAGACAGUAUUGUAGCAUACAUUUAACACUGUUGUAACCCGUAUAAAUGCUAUUUUGUUCUGGUCAUAGGAUAUUGAUGUACCUUUACAAACAUUUCUUAGUAUUUUUCUGUAAACCCAAGUUGAUGUUUAAGUUUUGACUUACUUGUGCCAUCCAGUUUAAAACUGCAAGCUCAUAUCUCAAAAGAGACCAAUCCUUAAGUCAAGGAAGUUUCUUUCUGCCAUGAUCAGUUUUCAAUGAAUGCUUUUUCAGACCUGUGGUGUGAUAUCCAGACGCUGUUGGGAAUUAGAAAGGUUUAAUUUCUAGAGUCUCAUUAUUGAGAAAAGCACUUACAAGUACACUUUUUUUCUUAUUUAAUUUUUAGAUAAUAGUAUUAUAUUCAUUUUUGCCUGCAGUUGAAACGCUAAUUUUUAUUGAAGCCUUAUUUAUUUGCCACUUUUUCAUGUUUUAUUUUUUGUAAUGCACUGCACUUGAUAAAGGGUUUUAUACUA